GGAGUCUUGCGGUUUUUAGCGUCGCCUGUUUUUUCCGCCUAUUUCCACCAUAUUGCAAUUUAUGUUUUAAUAACAAAAAGGUGUUUUACUAACAAGUUUUAUUAAUAUUUAAAAAAUAAAGCAAAAUGCCACCGCGUUUGAAACAUAUUGAAGUUGAAAAUUUUAAGUCCUAUCGCGGCCAUCGAGUGAUUGGACCUUUAAAACCGUUUAAUGCAGUAAUAGGACCUAAUGGAUCCGGAAAAUCAAAUUUUAUGGAUGCAAUAAGUUUUGUAAUGGGUGAAAAAACUCAAAGUUUGCGUGUCAAAAGGCUUAGUGAUCUAAUUCACGGAGCCUCCAUUAGCAGACCUGUUUCACGAAGUGCUUCUGUGACGGCUGUUUUCUCUUUAGAAGAAGACAGUGAUAAUGAAAUUCGUUUUCAAAGAUCAGUACAAGGCUCUUCUUCAGAAUAUCGUAUAAAUAACAAUAUUGUAUCCAAUCAAGAAUAUCUUGCUGAGUUGGAAAAAUUGAGAAUAAAUGUAAAGGCUAAGAAUUUUCUUGUAUUCCAAGGGCAGGUUGAAUCAGUGGCCAUGAAGAAUCCUAAAGAAAUGACUGCUUUAUUUGAAGAGAUAAGUGGCUCAGGGGGCUUAAAAGAAGAGUAUGAACGAUUAAAACAACAAAUGCAGAAGGCCCAAGAAGAUUUAAACUUUGCUUAUCAAAAAAAGAAAGGUAUUAAUGCUGAACGAAAAGAAGCUCGAAUGGAAAAGGAAGAAGCUGAUAAAUAUGCAAGACUCAAAGAUGAUCUGAAUGACAAAUUGGUGGAGCAUCAAUUAUUUAAGCUGUUUCAUAAUGAACGUGAAAUGAAAAAUUUAGAGGGAGAUUUAAAAUCAAAGCAACGUGAAGUUGAAAAGAUUGAGCGUAAAAAAGAAAAGGCUGAAGAGGUUCUUAAAGAGAAGAGAAAAGAACAAGGCAGACUGGGAAGGGAAUUGGCAAAAAUUGAGCAAGACAUUCGUGAAGUGGAAGUUGAGAUUUCUAAAAAGAGACCUCAAUUUAUUAAAGCAAAAGAACGUGUAUCUCAUAUGCAGAAGAAACUAGAUGGUGCAAUUAAGACUUUGGAACAAGCUAGAAAGGCUGAUGAGGCACACAAUAAUGAUAUUCAGAAACUCAUUAAAGAACUUGAAGAAGUAGAGCGUGCAAAAGAGGAAUGGGAAACAUCAGUUGCAGGUGAAUCCCAAAGUCAAGGAAGAGAUGUACAUUUAGAAGAUGAGCAGGUCCGUGAAUAUCAUCACUUGAAAGAGGAAGCAGCUAAGAGUUCAGCCCGUUACAUGCAAGAAUUGGAUUCUGUUAAUAGGGAACAAAAGGCCGAUCAGGACCGUUUGGAUAAUGUAUACAGGCUAAGAACUGAAGCAGAAAACCAACAUCGACAAAAAUGCCAUGAAAAAGAAGAAAUGGAAAAAAGAAUCGACAAAUUGGCAGAGCAUAUAAGGACAAGCGAACAAGCCUUGCUUGAACAGCAACGUUUGCGCGAAGAUUUGAAGUCUGAUGUUGGGUCUUCUAAAGACCGCGUUCAGGAAAUUCAAAAACAACUUGACGACGUAUUGGAACAACUUGGAGAUGCAAGAAUUGAUAAGCAUGAAGACGCAAGACGUAAAAAGAAGCAGGAGAUUGUUGAGCGAUUCAAGAGCAAUUAUCCUGGAGUGUACGAUCGUAUGAUAAAUAUGUGCCAGCCUUUACAUAAGCGUUUCAACGUGCCCGUUACCAAAGUGUUGGGUAAAUACAUGGAAGCAAUUGUGGUUGAUACGGAGCACACAGCUCGUCAGUGCAUAAAAUAUUUGAAAGAACAGAUGCUCGAGCCAGAGACGUUUUUGCCCCUCGAUUAUUUACAAACGAAACCGCUCAAGGAACGUUUACGAAACAUCACCGAGCCAAAGGGCGUCAGGCUGCUUUUCGACGUUCUACAUUUCGAACCCCCCGCAAUUGCGCGGGCCGUCAUGUUCGCAACUAAUAAUGCCCUCGUUUGUGAGCACCCUGAGGAUGCGAUGGCAGUCGCCUAUGAUAUCGGAGGACGUUAUGACGCUGUAUCUUUGGAUGGAACCUUCUAUCAAAAAUCUGGAAUAAUUUCCGGUGGAAGUUUGGACUUGGCUCGUAAAGCUAAAAGAUGGGAUGAAAAGCAUAUGUCGCAGUUGAAAGCUCAAAAGGAAAAACUGACGGAGGAGCUUAGGGAAGCUAUGAAAAAGUCGCGAAAGGAAUCUGAACUUAAUACUGUUGAUUCUCAAAUUCGCGGUUUAGAAACUCGUCUUCGUUACGCUAAAACAGAUAUGGACAGCACUACUCAUCAGAUAGCAUUAGUAGAAGAAGAAAUAGCAAACUUGGCUAGGACAAUAAGCGAAUAUGGACCACAAAUCGCGGAAAUAGAAAAAACUAUGCAAAUACGUGAACAACAAAUUGAAGAAAUUAAAUUGCAAAUGAACACCGUCGAAGAUCGCGUGUUUAAAAAGUUUUGUCAAGAAAUCGGUGUUAAAAAUAUUCGUCAGUAUGAAGACAGGGAAUUGAGAGCACAGGAGGAACGCAAAGAGAAACGUCUCGAAUUCCAGAAACAAAUAAAUCGUAUCACCAGCAAUUUGGAGUUUGAGAGAAGUAGAGAUACUAAAAGUAAUGUUAGUAGGUGGGAACGUGCUGUAAGUGAUGAUGAGGAGCGCCUCGAAUCAUGUAAGAAACAGGAGCAAAAGCAGAGGGAAGAAAUUGAUAGGGACUUAAGGCAGGUUGAGCAGCUCAAAGCAGAACGUCUUAGUAAGAAACAGGAGUGUGACAGUAUUGAAGAUGAGGUUGGUAAAGCUAGACGAGAAGUGGGACAAAUCGCCAAAGAUAUUCAAGCUUCGCAGAAACAAGUGACGUCCAUUGAAGGGAAAAUUGAAAGCAAGAAAAGUGAAAGACAUAAUAUUUUGAUACAAUGUAAGAUGGAUGAUAUCGCAAUUCCAAUGUUGGUGGGUAACAUGGAAGAUAUUUCCCAACAAGAUUCUUCUCACACAUCGUCGGGAGAAGUCAGCAGCACAACACAACAGUAUGAAAGGGAAGCGAGAAUACAGAUCGAUUACAGUCAGUUAUCAGAUCAUUUAAAAGAACUGGAAGAAAAAGAUGAAAUUAAAAAAAUGGCUGACAAACUGCUAAAUUCUAUAAAGAGCCUUCAGGACACUUUAAUGAAGAUACAAGCACCUAAUAUGAGGGCACUUCAAAAACUGGAACAGGCGCAGGACAAACUUCAGUCAACCAAUAAAGAAUUUGAAACAUUGCACAAGCAAAAUAAGAAGGCCAAGUCCGCCUUUGAAAAAAUUAAGCAGCAACGUUAUGACCGUUUCUCCAAGUGCUUUGACUAUGUGUCCAAUGAAAUUGAUAACAUUUACAAGUCUCUAGCACAAAACAAUUCAGCACAAGCUUUUCUAGGUGCUGAAAAUCCUGAAGAACCUUACUUGGAUGGAAUUAAUUACAACUGUGUUGCUCCGGGAAAACGUUUUCAGCCCAUGUCCAACUUGUCUGGCGGUGAAAAAACAGUAGCUGCCUUGGCGUUGUUGUUCGCCAUUCAUAGCUUUCAGCCAUCACCAUUUUUUGUUCUGGAUGAAGUUGAUGCCGCUCUCGAUAAUACAAAUAUUGGAAAAGUUGCCAGAUACAUUAGGGAGAAGACAGAAUCCUUGCAAACGAUUGUAAUAUCAUUGAAGGAGGAGUUCUAUUCUCAUGCAGAUGCUCUCAUUGGAAUUUGCCCUGAGGUAAGUCUUAAGCUUUGCUUAUUUCGAAUUUACUUGUUAAUUAUUUACAUUACAAACAAAUGGUGAAAUUAAUAGAUCGGUAAAGGUUUUUU